CUCAAGUCGGUCCUAACCUCACCUCACUCACGAAAAAAAAAAAAAAUAGGUGGAAAAUAGACUGUGUUGAAUGAGUGAAUGAGCGAUGAUGCUGUUUUAAACUUUGAUCUUCGAUCUACUAACCAAGAAACGACAAAUUAAUGCACACAAAAUGUAACUAAACUAAACAUGCUCACAACAUGCAUUCAGCUACUAUGCCUAACAGCACUAUUUGUAGCAGUCUAUUUUCCAGCCCGACACGCAAGGCAUUACGAAUACGUAGCUCAAGAAAAUGUAUUGAAGGAAAUUGUACUUAAUAACCACCCUCAUUUCAGUAACAAGCCAAAUUGUACUUACGAAGAUAUUGUUUCAAGCAGUCAUGUGAUCCAAGUAAGUGAUAUAACAAAGCAACAAAAUUACAUUGCACCCUUAUUUGGUGGAGAAUUCAUUCCUAAGCAUUGUGUACCCUUGAUAAAAACCGCCAUAGUUGUACCAUAUAGAAACCGAACUGAGCAAUUGAAUAUAUUUGUUAAUUACAUGCAUAAAUUCCUCCAACAACAGCAAAUACAUUACAAGCUAAUAGUAGUAGAACAAAAUGAUACGUUACCGUUCAAUAGAGCCAAAAUGAUAAAUAUUGGGGCACAAUUAGCUAUGGAUUCAAAUUACACUUGCCUGAUUCUGCACGACGUUGAUCUCAUUCCACUUACCAAAGGAAAUUUAUAUGGAUGCUCCAAAAGGCCCAGACACAUGUCCAGUAGCCUAGACACAUUUCGUUAUAAUUUACCAUAUCUUAAAUUAUUUGGAGGCGCCGUUGCUAUUCUAUCUGACCAGUAUGAAAAUGUGAAUGGAAUGUCGAAUUCGUUUUAUGGCUGGGGCGGUGAGGAUGAUGAUUUUUAUAAUCGUUUGGAGGCUAAGAAUAUACUGCCGUACAGGUUUGCUCCAGAAAUAAGUAAAUACACUAUGUUAAUGCAUAAGAAACAGCCAAAGAAUGAUCGUAGGUUUGAGAAUUUGAAAUGGUCUCUAGAAAAUAUUUAUAAUGGGUUGAGUAAACUUUCUAGAAAAUACUCUGUUCGUUUAGAAAAUCUUUAUACCAAGGUAAUCUCUACUUAGAAUCUCUAACUUUAACUAACUUAACUUAUUUUAUAUGUACAAUUUUUUUAGUUAAUUCAUAAAAAUACUCUGUUCGUUUAGAAAAGCUUUAUACAAAGGUAAUCUCUACUUAGAAUCUCUAGUUUUAAUUAACUUAACUUAUUUUUUGUGUAUAUAGCUUUGUCAAUUUUACAGGUUUAUUAUUGUUUUGUUCAUGUAUUUCUAGUUAUACUUAUUUUAUACAAUUUUUUUAGUUAAUUUAUUUAUAAUAUCAUCUUCCAAAUUUAAAUGCUUGGAAAGUUGAUAUUUUUUUCUCCUCUCAUCCAAAAUGAACAUUUUGGCACUUUAUUUAUUCUGAUAUUACCUAUGUGAAAUUGUGAUAUGUUUUCCUUUUAAUUAGCUAAUUUUUUUUUGUCCGAUUUUGUAGCAAAUAUUUCAGGUAACAAAUAGAUAUUAUUAUCCCUGAUAUAGGUAAUUUAAUUUAAAAUCUUAAACAUUCUCAUCAGGCAUUUUCUGGUUUUUGGAGUGCUUAACUUCGAUUAGAGGGAGUUCGUUCCAAAAACUUUCUAUUUUGAACAUAUAAACCCAAUGACCUAAUACUACUCAAUACAAAAAUAAUACAGUAAUCUGAGCAAUAACGUAUCACUACGACAAACGGAAUGAUUUAGUCGUAUUGCCAAAUGGUACCCGCAUUAGAAAAAGACAAAAAUAUUCACAGGAUUAAAUCUGGUAUUUUUGUGGUGGAUGAAAUGUAAGCAUCAGAGAUUUUUGACAAUACCUAUAUUCAUAAUGAUUUCCUUUAUCUGUGAGAUUAGGUAAUUGUCUCGGUAAUUGUAUAAACUUCAUGAUUCCAAAAAUAUGACUCGAUAGUAGUUAUGUAUUUAUGUCAUUAAGUCAAGAAGUGGCCGCCUUCACUCAGCACAAAAAUACCUUUUCGGCUGGAUGCUGGAUGGCACCCAACAUUUUAUCUUCAAAGGACUGCAAGUCAACAACUUCACCAGUGCUUUUUUUUAUUUAUUUUCGGAAAAAUAAAAAAGACUGCCACUGAUUUUAGACGUAUGUUUACUUUAAAUGCCAGUAGAAGGUCACUCGGAACAUAGAGUCUCGUCUGAAUGGAUAGACCAAGGGAUAGACACAUCAACUUGAUUAUUCGUUAUUUAUUUAUACUCUUACCUUAAUCAUAUAAUUUAAGGCAUAAUAUUGAACAUAAAAUGUGAAACGAACAAAUUACACGAAGAAUAAUUUUCAUAGUCCUAGGCAAUAAUGGAUCACCUCUGUGUCAAAUUUUGACUACAAUAAAGUUUACAUAAUGGACCACUUGAAAAUAAAACGUGUAUUUGGAAAAAAAAAAUAUGCUCUAUUAAGCUAAUAAUUCACUUAAACUCGAAAGUCUCAACGAAAGUUUUUGAAAUGCUGAAAAAACCAGAAACCAUGCUUAAUGAAUUGUUUUCAAAAAUUAACUCAGGAAUUCACCACUUCUUGAUGUACUAUCAGAGCUGUCAAGAAUACAUACUAGUAACUUAGAUAGUACAUAACUAGUAACUAGAUCAGUUUUUUUUUUUUUUUUGGAAAUUAUUUGGAGUUAUUCAGUUACCCUUUUAAAAAGGAAUCUCAAAAAACUUUAAUAUUACAUUUUUCCAAAUAGCAGGCUGAAAAACCAAUUGAGCUAUUGCUAGAACAUUUAUUUAAAAACCAGGGUCACAGCCUCGGUUACAGCUUCACAGCUAACUUAACAUUAUAUUCUAAAAUAGUAAAUAGUGUCAAGACAAAGUAAUUACCUAAUUGCUUCUUUCUGUAUUUCUCCAUAAAGUGCAGGGUGCAGGACAUAAUAAGAAGUGCAGAGAACAUGGUUGAAGAAAGUAUAAAAUAAUUUCCUUUUAUUUAAAUAGAAAUACGUAUAUUUGAAUAUUCCUGUGAUUUAAGUGUAAGUUUAAUCCAACAUUUUACAGUCAAGUGCUUGGCCAAACUCUAUUGAAAAUUGAAAGUAUGUAUUCCUUCAUUCCUUGAAAUGACACUCUGGGGAAAUGUCACUUUAAGGAAUACUUAUCGUCAAGGCUUUCUUUAAACGGAUGCUGCAAACAGCCAGACGUAACUUUAAAACAAACAAAACUGCUUGUUACUUGUUAGAACUAGAAGUGCCGGUAACCCUCUCUCCACAGAACGUGUGGCUAAAGCUUAGUAUAAAUGAAUAACACAUAAAACAAAAAAUGCAAGCUUGCUGGUUUGAACAAGUUUUAACGUACGUAAAUGUCAAAAGGAACUAUUCUUGCUUAACCUAAUACUUUUUAAUAUCUAGAAUACUCUUCGGUAUCUGAGAUACUUUUCAAGAUAUAUAAAGCUUCCACAAGAUACUAGAUAAUUUUGCCAAAAAAUUAAAAGUAUUUAAGAUGCAGUAACUGAGACAUACUUUUUCUGACAGCUCUGUGUAGGUACUAUCACCCUGUAUGAAAUGCAUUAUUUAGAAUCUCAUAUUUGCUCAUAACUAAAUACGUAUAUUUUCCAAUGGAAAUGCUUUUUUUCUAGUUCUGUUUAGUUUAUGUAAUGCUCAAUUAGCUGUUAGUUAUUUAUUUGCUGUUUGUGAUAAUAUAAUUUGUUUUUUUGAUUAAUGUGUCCUCUGUAAGUUAGAGAGUACCUAUUACGGAAUCAUGUGUGCAAAUAAUUUUUAAAGGAUAUAAAUAUAUGAAACUAUGUAUCCACAGUUAAA